AUGUCUCUUAUUCCUACAACCCUAUACUACGCUGCCGCGGUCAUCAAUGCCAUCUCUAUUCCAGGCCAUAUCAGCUUUGGGAUCAAUGAAGUUGACCCGGCCAUUGCUAAGAUCCCCGAAGAUAGAAAGCAUGCCCUCGGGAAGGCAACUGCAACUACUGCCUGGGAUAUGGUGAAUGCCCUGUUGGCUGCCUCUGUAUUGCUCAAUAUCAAGUGGUCAAAAUACGGUGUGCGGACUUGGGAGGAGAAAAUAAUCAUUGGCACUUCUGUGGUAGCUGGAACAUUGACCGGAUGGAGAUACUUCAAAGUGCGCUCUUAUGGUGGAUUGGGUUGUCUGUGGGCUGCCCCUUGGUUUACCUUGGGCGCCAUGAUCUCUCAACAACUUGGAAGCCUCUAG